UCUUCGGUGGCUUGAAUCAUUUGUAGGGAGUAUUUAAAGAGCCGGUCAGAUUCUGGACUAGAGUCGAGUCUGUCGCGCCUCUGUUGCCGGUAGUAGAGCUCGCGAUGCUGCGAAUGAAGUCAACUAAGGAAACUAUCACACUCUUUAAUCGGAACAAUAGGUCUAUUAACAAUAAACGUGACCUGUAGUGAGUAAUCACAAAUCACAGCGUUGUUCUAUAUACGCAUACAAACAAGCAUAAGCUCAUAAAAAGAGGAAUAGUUGUGUGCCUAAUUUCUCCUAUUGCUGUAAAAAGGGGCAAAAAGACGGUGUCGUUUAAGUUUUGUCGAAUGAACCGACCUUGAUCCAACAAGCAAGUAUCAACAGAGAAGUCUCGACCACGAUAUAUUUACCUCGAUACAGCAGACGACAUUUUCACCUUACCAGGGUGACAAGACAUUUUUUUACAAAGUAAAGUAUUCAUCGUUUGAUUUUCGGGGAUCAGUUAGUCUUCAAGAAGACAUUUGUCAAGAAUGGUCCGAUUAAGACCCGUAGUGGCUUUGCUACCUCUUAUAUUAGUUUCGAUUAAUGCGUAUGAUAUGAAGAAUCCUGAGAUCUCCCUCUUGACUACUGGGGGAAUCCGAUUCGCAUACCCAGAUGAACCUGGCAUUACCCUGGUAGCUUUUCACUAUAGCAUCAAUACACCGCUGUCUGGUGUUAACGUUGGUCAAUAUAACUAUGAUGUCACUACUAAAACAGGAGCAUACUUCGUCCAUGAAAAUACAGAAGUGGAUGUCAAGAAAGGUGAUGUGGUGAACUACUGGGUGUAUGUGAAUUACUAUGGCCCUGGCUAUCAAUUACUUGAACAAUCAUGGACAGCAUCAGAAGCUCCUGCAACCGUAUCCCCUGCAUCCAACCCUCCUGCAAGCAACCCUCCUGCAAGCAACCGUCCUGCGACCGAAUCCCCUGCAACUGAACCCCCUGCAACCAACCCUCGUGCAAGCAACCGUCCUGCGACCAACCCUCCUGCAACCGAACCCCGUGCAACCAACCCUCCUGGAGUCACGAAUCCUCCUAAACCAGUCACAGGUAUCCCAUCGCAGUGUAGCAAGUACCCUUGCUAUAAAUCAUGUGACAUGUCAACUCCACCUUGCAAUGGUCUUAUCUUCCAAGAAGAGUUCGAUUCUUUAAAUCUUGACAUCUGGGAGCAUGAACUGACUGCUGGAGGAGGAGGGAACUGGGAAUUUCAAUAUUAUACCAAGAACGUGUCAAACAGCUAUGUUCGGGAUGGAAAACUCUUCAUAAAACCAACCCUAACCACCGAUAAACUGGGAGAAGGUUCGCUGUCAUCUGGAACAUUAGACCUUUGGGGUUCAUCCCCAGCUAACUUGUGUACCGGCAAUGCAUGGUUUGGAUGUAUGCGACAGGGAUCCGAUAAUAAUCUAUUGAAUCCGAUACAGUCUGCUCGUCUGCGUACUGCCGAAUCUUUCUCAUUCAAGUAUGGACGACUGGAGGUCGAGGCUAAGCUACCCACUGGUGAUUGGCUUUGGCCAGCUAUCUGGCUUUUGCCUAAGCAUAACGCAUAUGGGGAAUGGCCUGCCUCUGGAGAAAUAGAUUUGCUUGAAAGCAGAGGUAACACUAACCUCAAAGACGCGGAUGGUUUGUCAGCUGGAGUAGAUCAGGUGGGCUCUACUAUGCAUUGGGGACCAUUCUGGCCUCUUAACGGAUAUCCAAAGACACACGCAACAAAGAAUCUCCCUGACGGACAAACCUUUGGAUCGGGCUUUCACAAGUACACAUUGGACUGGACUCAAGACUCAAUGAAAUUCUACGUGGAUGAUGAGCUUCUAUUGAAUGUCGAUCCUGGUACAGGCUUCUGGGACUUGGGUGAAUUUGAAACUGAUGCACCAGGCAUUGACAAUCCAUGGACUUACAAUCCUAAUAAACUCACUCCAUUCGAUCAAGAGUUCUACUUGAUCCUGAACGUAGCUGUAGGAGGAGUCAACUAUUUCGGUGAUGGGCUGACAAACACCCCUCCUAAACCAUGGACUAAUGACUCACCUACAGCCUCUAAGGAUUUCUGGUCUGGCUAUAACGAUUGGUAUCCUACAUGGAAUGGCGAGGAAGCAGCUAUGCAGGUCAACUAUGUUCGUGUGUACGCAGAACCCGGGCAGACAACUUAUCACCUCCGUGAUCGAUAAAUAAUGUACCAUCAAAACCUGCUGUGAUCUGUAAAAGAACCAUUUUGGAAUUCCAAUGAAAAAAAGGCAAUUUUUAGAUGUUUGUGAAUAUAGCGUGUUCAUAUAAUUUUAUACUCUACAUAAUAUUCCAAUCAAUUACGACGCGUACAGACUUGAGUAGUUUACACGACUACGAUAAUGACGAUACGAAAUUAUACAAGAGUAAAAUUCUUACUUCGUCGUUGACAACCAUGUAUUAAAAUGAUACUGAUGAAGCCUUCUGGGUAAACAAAAUUAUUAUUAUAUUUUCAUUAAAAACUUCCCUCGAGUCCCUCCACACCUUGAUAUCACCAUCUCUGACUGUCAACGUGCAUUUUUAAUAAUGGUUCCCUUGCUUUGCUUCC